AUGCGUGACAAGGUGGAGCACAUGCCUCCUCCUCGGGGUAUCCGCAGCAACCCCAACUACAACAUAACAGCAGAGAAGCUAGCUGCAGCAGCAGCAAAGCUUCACAUGCCGCUGCAGCAAGACCAGCAGUCUUUUGCUGCUCUUGAGGGACGCAGAAGGGCCCUCGCCCUUGAGCCCGAACGCCUCCUAGGUGGAGGCAGAUACGCUGUUUGA